CAGAAUUAAGAUUCACACCCUGCAAACAUUUCUCUUCUUGUGCUUCUCCCACUACUUCCAUCUCAAAUUGGUAUACACAGCCAAUAACUAGCUAGCUUACCUCCUUAAGGAAGAAGUAAAAGGAAAUAGAUGGGUGGCGGUUCUAGUGUUAAAGAUUAUUGCUUGAUACUUCAAGCUCUCAUCAUCGUUGCAGCUUCUUCAGCCGGUCUGACAUCAGGUCGAGGGUGGUACCAUAGACAUGUUGGAGGAGGAGGAGCUGGUCCUUGGAUCAACGCUCACGCCACUUUCUACGGCGGUGGCGAUGCUUCCGGCACAAUGGAAUAUUUUUUUUUUUAUGUAGGGGGAGCGUGUGGGUACGGGAACUUGUACAGCCAAGGUUACGGAGUGAACACGGCUGCUCUAAGCACGGCGCUGUUCGACAACGGGCUGAGCUGCGGGGCUUGCUACCAGAUCAUGUGCGCCAACGACCCGCAGUGGUGCCUCCCUGGCUCCAUCGUCGUCACCGCCACCAACUUCUGCCCGCCGGGAGGAUGGUGCGACCCUCCCAACCACCACUUCGAUCUCUCCCAGCCCAUCUUCCAGCACAUCGCCCAGUACCGCGCCGGUGUCGUCCCUGUCAUGUACAGGAGGGUGAGGUGCAGGAGAAGAGGCGGGAUAAGGUUCACGGUCAACGGCCACUCCUACUUCAACCUGGUCCUCGUCACCAACGUCGGAGGCGCCGGCGACGUCCAUUCCGUCGCCAUCAAGGGCUCCAGAACAGGGUGGCAGCAGAUGUCCAGAAACUGGGGACAGAACUGGCAGAGCAAUUCCUACCUCAACGGACAGAGCCUCUCCUUCCUCGUCACCACCAGCGACGGUCGAGCUCUGACGUCGUACAACGUUGCACCUCCCAGUUGGUCCUUCGGCCAGACAUAUACCGGCCGACAGUUUAGGUAUUAAUGACAAUAUAUUGUUUCGAGUGGUUACUUAUACUAUAAACAAUAUUACAAUAUUGUAUUUGGGAGAGAAGGAGCAAUGAAAAAUUAUUGCAUCCCGUAACGGUAUUGAAUAAGGUUCAUAUAUCUAUAUAUGAUUCUUUUCCAACAAUGUUUCGUGUGUUUUUUUAAUACGCACGUCCGUGAUUUUUUAUAUGUAAUAGUCAUCAAGUUAGACACAUGUUGAUUUUCAUGAAGUGGUGUGUAGAUGAGAAUCAUAUCUAAGUCGUUGUAUAAGCUUGGUAGAAAUGAUUUUGGACGUUGGGGUGGGCUAGGUAGUCACAUGGUGGAAGGCACUCCAAAUCAGAUAGCUACAUAUGCCAUGUGAGACUAUGAAAGUAAUUGAGAUUUUGGGAGCAUCAGUACUUCACUAUCCUCCUCUUAAAUGAAACAUG